AGGUACCACGACGAUCAUAAAUAGAGAAGAAAACUCAGAUUCCAUCGCUAAUGAUUUAAUUCUUGAGAUACUCUCCAGGUUGCCUAUAAAUUCAAUCGGGAGGUUUCGCUGCGUGUCGAAGCUAUGGGGAUCCAUGCUUCACAAGCCAUAUUUCACCAAGUUAUUCUUUACCAAGUCCUCGGCUCGUCCACGUCUCUUAAUUGGGGUGCGCCAACGCCGUGAGUGGAGCUUCUGCUCGGUGCCUCAGCCUCAUAAUCAUUAUGGGAAGUCCUCGUCUCUUGUAGUGGCCGCCGAGUUUCAUAUGAAGUGCUCUAAUUUUCAUAUGUGUAGAUAUGCCUCUGGUUUGCUCUAUUUACCAAGUAUGCAUGUCUCAAAUAUGGAUAAGGAUGGAGGGGGUGUGAUAUGUAACCUUACCACAAUAUAGUUUGCGAUUUUGCCUCAAUUGAGAUUAGGACCUGUGAAAGAUUACGGUCUCGUAACGUGCAAAGACGGGGGUGGACUUAUAGGGUUUGACCCAAUUGGAGGGCAAUUCAAGGUACUGUCCAUGAACAAUAGGGUUGACAAUAAAAUGGCCCGCUAUAUUCUGACUUUAGGAAGUGAAAACGAGAGAUGGAGGAAGAUCGAAUGUCCCUUCAACGAGGUUGAUCGGAAUGGAGGGGUAUGCAUUAAUGGUAUUCUGUAUUACAUAGCUUACGCCUGAGAAUCUGAGAAUCGAUUACAUAUUUUAGGUUGCUUCGAUGUUAGGUCCGAGAAGUUUAAGUUUCUAACUCUAAGCGGCGGCAGAUAUGAUUUGUGUACUACAUUAAUAAAUUAUAAAGGUAAAUUAGGUGUGAUUAAGUGGAACCAUGAUGACCAUGAUAACCAUGAUGACCAUGAUGUAUAUCCCCUUCAAUUAUUUUUGUGGGUUCUAGAGGAUGUCGAGAAGCAGGAAUGGUCGGAAUACGCCUACACUUUGAAGCCUGACAAUAAAGUUGUUCAGGCUGACUACAAUCUUACCGUUGUUGGGGCAACUGCUUCAGGUGACAUUGUUUUGGUCAAGGAAACUGCAUUCAAACCUUUUUACGUUUUCUACUUUAAUCCUGAAAGGAACCAUCUUCUAAGUGUUGAAUUCCAAGGUCUUGGAGAAGACCAUGAUUGGAGUAAGUAUCAAGCAGUUUGCGUCUUUGUAGACCACGUAGAGGAUCUUCAGUUUAAUAUUAGGAACACCGCAUCUAUAAACCCCACCAGAAUAGAAGCGUAUAGACACAUGAGCACAUCAACGUUAUCAUCAUGUGAGAUGAAGCCAUGAAGAGAUGAGAGAUCAUUGAUUCAUUGGAGUGGUAAAGAUCGUAUAAGAGGAGAGGAAGAGAAAGAGACAAUGAGAGAAGGGGAGUCAAGGGGUAGG